AUGUCUGAACCAGUCCAAAAAAAACAAAAGGUUACCUCUUCUUCAUUGGAACAACUAAAAGCUUCCGGUACCGUUGUCGUUGCCGAUACUGGUGAUUUUGCCUCCAUCGCUAAAUUUACCCCACAAGACGCCACCACUAACCCAUCAUUGAUCUUAGCUGCUGCCAAACAAUCAGCUUACGCUAAAUUGAUCGAUGUCGCUGUUGAAUACGGUAAGAAGCAUGGUAAAACUACUGAAGAAAAGACUGAAAUUGCUGUCGACAGAUUACUAGUUGAAUUCGGUAAAGAAAUUUUAGCCAUUGUCCCAGGUAGAGUUUCCACCGAAGUUGACGCCAGAUUAUCUUUCGACAAAGAAGCUACUAUUGCAAAGGCACUUGAAAUCAUUAAAUUAUACAAAGACAUUGGUAUCUCCAAGGAAAGAGUCUUGAUCAAGAUUGCCUCCACAUGGGAAGGUAUUCAAGCUGCUAGAGAAUUAGAAUCUAAACAUGGUAUUCAUUGUAAUUUGACUCUUUUAUUCUCAUUCAGUCAAGCUGUUGCCUGUGCUGAAGCUAAUGUCACUUUAAUCUCUCCAUUCGUUGGUAGAAUUAUGGAUUGGCACAAGGCUAAGACUGGUGAAACCUACACCGGUAGAAAUGAUCCAGGUGUCUUAUCUGUCAAGAAGAUUUAUAACUAUUACAAGAAAUACGACUAUAAAACCAUUGUUAUGGGUGCCUCCUUUAGAAAUGUUGAUGAAAUUAAGAACUUGGCUGGUGUCGAUUUCUUGACUAUCUCCCCAAGUUUAUUAGAUGAAUUAUUAAACAGCCAAGAACCAGUCCCAAGAGUUCUAGAUGUUGCUUCUGCCAAGAAGGAAAAUAUUCCAAAGGUUUCUUUCAUUGAUGAUGAAUCUACUUUCAGAUUUGAAUUGAAUGAAGAUGCUAUGGCUACUGAAAAGUUAGCUGAAGGUAUUAGAAAAUUCUCUGCUGAUAUCGUCACAUUAUUCGACUUGAUCGAAAAGAAAGUUGCCGCUUAA